UCGAAUCGACUCUACUACUUGGCUCCAUCUUCUUCUGCUUCCACCACUGUCCCGAGCAAAACGAAAAUCAAAUCAUCAUACAGCUCUACUCCUCAUCGCGGUUCAUUGCUGGGGGGAUUUCUCUUUACCUUCGCCAAGCAGCAAUGGCUUCAGAUGCAGAUAUGGAGGAUUAUGGUUUUGAAUACUCGGAUGAGGAGCCUGAGGAACAGGACGUUGACAUUGAGAAUCAGUAUUACAACUCGAAAGGCCUCAUAGAAACUGAUCCAGAAGGAGCACUUGCAGGCUUUGCUGAGGUUGUUCGCAUGGAACCUGAGAAGGCUGAAUGGGGAUUUAAAGCUCUUAAGCAAACUGUCAAGCUAUAUUAUCGGUUGGGGAAGUAUAAAGAAAUGAUGGAUUCUUACAGAGUGAUGCUUACAUACAUCAAAUCGGCGGUGACAAGAAAUUACAGCGAAAAAUGUAUAAACAAUGUGAUGGAUUUUGUUUCGGGAUCAGCCAGUCAGAAUUUUAGUCUUCUACAGGAGUUUUAUCAGACCACUCUGAAGGCUCUUGAAGAGGCAAAGAAUGAGAGACUUUGGUUCAAGACAAAUCUCAAGCUUUGCAAGAUUUGGUUUGAUAUGGGUGAAUAUGGAAGAAUGAAUAAGAUUUUGAAGGAGCUCCACAAAUCUUGCCAAAGAGAGGAUGGUACAGAUGACCACAAGAAAGGAAGUCAGCUUCUUGAAGUGUACGCUAUUGAGAUCCAAAUGUACACUGAGACUAAGAAUAAUAAGAAGCUUAAGCAAUUGUAUCAGAAGGCACUUGCGAUCAAGUCAGCUAUACCCCAUCCAAGAAUUAUGGGUAUAAUUCGGGAAUGUGGAGGUAAGAUGCAUAUGGCCGAGCGCCAGUGGGCUGACGCGGCAACCGAUUUCUUUGAAGCCUUCAAAAAUUAUGAUGAAGCUGGGAACCAAAGGCGAAUCCAAUGUCUAAAAUAUUUGGUUCUGGCUAAUAUGCUGAUGGAGUCUGAAGUUAAUCCAUUUGAUGGCCAAGAAGCAAAGCCGUAUAAGAAUGACCCUGAAAUUUUAGCCAUGACAAAUCUUAUAGCUGCAUAUCAACGAAAUGAGAUUCUAGAAUUUGAGAAAAUCCUUAAGAGCAACAGAAGAACUAUAAUGGAUGACCCAUUCAUCCGGAAUUAUAUUGAAGAUCUUCUGAAGAAUAUCAGGACUCAAGUAUUGCUUAAACUUAUCAAGCCUUAUACCAGAAUCCGCAUCCCUUUCAUCUCGAAGGAACUUAACGUGCCAGAGAAGGAUGUCGAGCAGUUGUUGGUUUCUCUAAUUCUGGACAACCGUAUUGAUGGGCACAUUGAUCAAGUAAAUCGGUUGUUGGAGCGUGGUGACAGGUCAAAGGGAAUGAAGAAGUACGCUGCCAUUGAUAAGUGGAACACACAGCUGAAGUCUCUCUACCACACUAUAAACAACAGAGUGUAUUGAGUUUUGCUGCAUAGACGAUUGGCCGGCAUUUUGAGCGAUAUUGUCUUUGCUUGAGUCGAGGUUGAAUUUUUCUGCUUUUCUACUUGGGGAGUUGUAAUAUCGGGUGAUUUGUUCAAUAGCGCCAUGGGGAGAUUCUUGUUUUGAUAUCGCCCUUGACAUGGCUCUUCUUGUAAUUGCAUCAUGUGUACAAAAUGACUAAUUGCAAGAGAUUGAUGGUGAUAAAAAUUGAAA